UGAUAAAAAAUGAGGCGUACAUAUCUCUAGUUUGUGUGUGAAUCGAACCCCAUCUCACCUCGACCGUCCAUUUUCACGGCCAUCCAAUGGUGUUAGAUUCACGCACAAACUCGUGAUCUGUCUCGUCCACGAUGCCAUACCCCCGGCUGCUUUUGGCGCCAUUUCUUCUUAUAAUUUUACGAUUUUCCCUCUAAUUUUCAGGAGUCGUAGAAAAGGAGAAAUCAGUCAAUCACACUGUUUCAGGGAAGUAAUCAGAUCAGAUGGCCGGGGAGGAGUCAACAAGCGCGAUCAUGGAUGAUCAUGAGACCCUGAUUUCGACGACCGACGUGGAGCUCUUGAAGAGAGCUUGGCGUAAUGAGAAGGCUGCUCCAGAGAUUCUUCAGUACGAAUCUUCUCUGGUUCAGAGAAUCAAGGAGCAGAUUGAAUUGGUGGAGCAAAACGUGGAGAUGUUUGAAGGGGACGGAAUUGAUCCCCUUACCGUGUCACUUUACCAGAUGGACCUCGAUAGGACUCAAUUUCUGUUGAGAUCGUAUCUCCGCGUUCGCCUCCAGAAGAUUGAGGAGUACCUGUUCCACAUUUUAAAAACUGAUGAGCAUCUGAACCGGCUCUCAAAGCCGGAGCAAAUGUUUGCGCGAAGGUGCACUGAUGAUCUGGGAAAUCAUCUGGAUGAGACUGUUCUGUCAAAGUUGCCUGAUAAUUAUCAGUCUGUACUAAAGCAAUCCAUAACGAGCGAAGAGGAUGAUAUGGUGCCGGCACCACGGUUGGACACAUUCGUUAUCUGCAAAGCCAAGCAGUAUCUCUCCAGUAUUGACUUUGAGCCAGAGUAUAGCAUGGAAAUUACAGAAAUGGAGCGAGAUUUACUUACCUUUGCAUGUUACAAGUUCAUAAAGAAGCCUUUAGAGAAGGGGAAAAUAGAUUUGGUCUAAGCAUCCAGCUAUUGUAUGGUAUAGUUGUCAUAAAGGAAAAGAACUAUCAGCGAUGGCGCAGGUUUCUCCUUUAAAUGAUUUCAUCAUAUUACUUGUCAAGUUUGGUUAUGUAUUAGCAGCCUAUGGCAAUCUUGGUAACAAAGUGCUUAUUUAUUUUACAACUCGAGUCUCUAGUAACCAAUCUUUUGCUCAUCUUUGUAUAGAUGAUGGUAACAAAGUACUUACUUAUUUCA